GAAUUUAGUUCAUAUGCCAUUUUCCAAUGUUAAGGUCGAAAAUGCUGCAAAAGGAACGGGUUGUAAGGUGAUACCGUUUGUUUUAACUUGAUUUCGUGCAAGCUUUUGCGUGUUGUGAGCAGCUAGGUUAUACUAUAACGGACGGUGGGGUAUAAUAAUUAGUGAGCGCCACAUUACCCAACAUUGCUCAAAGUGAGGAAUUUAAUAGCCCUUUAAAAGCUGCCCUGUACACUUGGAACAAUAUCAGUCGUGUGAUCGCUUCGGGACAGUUAAAGUGUGUAUCAAAGGAAGGAAUUUUAUUGCCACCACCGAAAACGAAAAGAUGGAGAGUAACGAUUCGGUGAUGCGAUCGAAAGGAUUUGUGAUCUGCACGCUGGUGCUAUCGUUCUUUCAAUUUGUAAUAGCAAAAUGUUUCGAAAAAGCAUCGAUCGCCUUCCUCAGCCUGAUGGAGGGUCUGUCGAUGAAAAGUACGGCAGAGGAGCAAAUUGCCACCUUUGAUCAACUUUCGACGCACUGGUGGGAACCGACUGGGCCUAUGAUUUUGCUGCAUAAGUUAAAUAAAUUGAGAGUUCCAAUGGUUGUGGAAGGUCUCAUCAAGGCAGGGAAACUAGAUCGAAAGCAACGGUACACGACGGAUGCCUUGAAAGGUCUCACGGUGCUGGAUGUUGGUUGCGGUGGUGGAAUUUAUUCGGAGGCGCUUGCGAAACUGCACGCGAACGUAGUCGGUAUUGAUCCAGCGCGACACCUAAUCGAGGUAGCCAAGGCACACGCACAUAAGCAAACGGACAUUAAGGAUCGUUGCCAGUACUACGAACAAUCGCUCGAGGAACACUGGCAAGGUGCGGUUGGCAAGUAUGAUGUGGUCGUACUAUCGGAAACGAUCGAGCAUGUGGUGGACAAGAGUACGCUGCUCAAGCACGUCGCUGCGGUGCUGAAACCGGGUGGCUCUGUAUUCAUCAGUACGUGGAACAAGACCAACUGGUCCUGGCUUCUGGCGGUGGUAGUGCUGGAAAAUAUCAUGAAGAGGCUGCCGAAGGGUUCGCACGAUUAUGAUCAGUUUGUUUCGCCUGAAGAAACGGAAGCAAUGCUAGAGGCGUACGGUUGUCGCACAAUUGAACAGAGACCGUUCUAUCUAAAGUUCUGGGAAAGUGAGUGGGUUUGGGUGCCGUUCAAUAGUCUUACGUAUGCGUUACAUGCGGUUAAGGAAUAGGCACUUGUUCAAGGUGCACGACAAGUGUAUUGGAUUACGAUGAACCAUUGAGAGCUUAAAUUAUAUAUCAAUUCUUGCAAAAAUACAAAAAAAAUACAGAGAAUUAUUGUCCGUAUCGACAUCUGAUAAGUCUGAAACAUGCUUCGAUGUGGGUUAUAUAAAAAGAGAGUUUUAGAGUCGACUAUCUUGGUAUCUGAGCACAUCCAUGUUGUUCACUCGCAGAAUGUCUCUACCUCUUGCACCUUUAAAUAUCUCUGCAACAUCGAGAGAGUUCGUUAAUUCAUUGAUUGAUUAUAACCUAGCUUUGUCUAUAACAAUAUUUUGGUAACGAAAGUUUUCCGCCGAACAUUUCGUAUGUUUCGUCAUCUCAUAACCCAUAUUUCUUUAACAACUCUUGACAUGUAUUGUAGAAGAAUUCAUUAGGAAGCACUCAAUAAAUUUUGGAAUAGAUUAUCUGAAAACAUUUGAAUCAGGAUCUGUGUCCUGAAAUUAAGAACUUCUCAUCUUUUUCUAACUAAAUUUGACCGCAUGACAAAGACAUCAUUCAUUUUCCAUUGCACCGAUGACGACUUUAGGAUGAGCGGAAUAUUCAUUAUUUGGGUCUUUCUUGAAAGCGUGGCGAAGAAUUCCUUCGAAUUCCGUCGAAAGAAGAAGCGGAUGUAAAUUCCCGAUGUGCUUGUUGGUGUUCUUGGUCCGUGUGGCAAACUGUUCCAGCGAUCUUGAGUUCCUUCUAAUUAUCGAUGUUGGUUACUGAUAGUUCACAAUGACGGAAUGCAAAAUUUAAGUUCUUUUUCUGGUGGUAAAAAUAAGUCUAGUAUAAGUCAGAACUGGCCGGCGUGGCC